AAAAUUCCCAAUCUUAUAAUCGGAGAGGUUAUUUUUCAUUUCUGGAGAGCAUAGAUUCUGGGGAAGACGAUGGCCGCCGCGAACUCGCUGCAAAAAGUAACGAGCCAACUUCGAGUGGCUCGGAGCACGUUGGGUUCGUUCUCGAGAACCUUCUCUUCAGAUGCAUUGGUUGAGGUUAAACCAGGCGAAGUUGGAAUGGUUUCCGGAAUCCCUGAAGAACAUCUUCGUAGGAGGGUUGUGAUUUACUCGCCUGCAAGAACUGCAACUCAGCAAGGAUCUGGGAAAGUUGGAAAGUGGAAGAUCAAUUUCGUGUCGACACAAAAGUGGGAGAACCCAUUGAUGGGUUGGACAUCAACUGGUGACCCUUAUGCUAAUGUUGGUGAUUCCGCACUCGGCUUUGAUAGUGAAGAAGCUGCAAAGUCUUUUGCCGAGAGACAUGGGUGGGAUUAUGUGGUUAAAAAGCGCCAGACACCAGUGCUGAAGCCAAAAUCCUAUGCCGAUAACUUCAAGUGGAAAGGACCUGCUGUAUCUGAAAAGUGAUACUAUACUAUUGCAGAUCCUGUUGCUUUUGAUUUUCAACCAUAAAUCAAGUUGCGAGACUGGGGCUCAGGUUUUCUUUGUUGCACAUUUUCUGCUGUAUCUUGUGACAAUUUGGAUUAAAAUAAAUGUGAUCAACAGUGGCCAGAUGGGUGCGACCAUUUUGUCUGCCUUCUCCUUCAUUCAUUUACGAUACGGUUUAGAUAUAAUCCAUGUUUGUUGAAACCUUCA